AUGGCAAACUCCGACCUACUCUCAGCUGUGUUGGAAUAUCGCAAUGAACUCGCUGCUGUUGCGGAAUUUCUCCGGAAGCUAGCGGGCAUCUGCUGGACCUUGAAUUACUUCAGUAUGAUGUACGUUUCCGGGAGAGAGAAAAUACCCAAUACAGGCAUAUUCCCUCUUUGCAAUGACAUCGCAUGGGAGUUUGUGUACGCCUUCGUCCACCCAGCGGCAAGUGCGCAUUGGGAGGGUGGUGUGAAAGUAUGGUUCAUGGUUCAUGUCGCUGUGGUCUUGUACAUUCUCAAGUUUGCGCCAAAUGAAUGGAAUGAUGUGCCAAUCGUAAAGCGAAACAUCUAUCUCAUUUAUGCGGUGGUCAUUCUUGGAUUCCUUGCCGGUCAGCUAUCGUUCGCGGCGGAGGUUGGGCCUGAAAUGGGUUUCUUCUGGGGCGGUGUCCUCUGCCAAACGCUCGCAAGUCUCGGGCCGAUAUGCCAACUUUUGUCUCGGAAUAGUACUCGCGGCGCUUCCAUUAUGACCUGGUCACUACGUGCAAUUGCGACUUUUGGGGGAUUUAUCAAAUUAUCAAUCUACUACAUCUGUGACACACCUGCAGGUCCCUGGUUUGAGAGCCCGAUGUGUCAAUUCUAUAUUGGGUUGACUGUUAUACUUGACAUCAUGUAUCCGUGUCUGUAUUAUGUGAUUCGACGUCAGGAAAAGCGCAAUACCGCGGCGGAAAAGAAGACCAAAUAG